AUGGGAUUUAAUCUGAGGCUUAUUGGUGCAUUCGCUAAUAAAAACCUAAAAGGUUUUUCAAGUAAGGCCUCUAAUCUUUAUUUACCGAUGGCAACCAUUAAACGCAACUAUGCCGCUAUACCAGAGAAGUUAAAGCAAACGCCAUUGUAUAAUCUUCAUAUUGAAAAAGGUGGUAAAAUGGUUCCCUUUGCUGGAUGGUCUAUGCCUGUAUAUUACGCAAACCAAGGUGUACUGUCAGAGCACAUACAUACUCGAGAAUAUGCAUCUUUAUUUGAUGUUUCACAUAUGCUUCAGUUUAAAAUCCUCGGGAAAGACCGCAUACGUUUUCUUGAAAGCUUGGUUGUUGCCGAUCUUGAGGAGAUGCCAUUUGGUUCCUCUACUUUAUCGGUUUUCACUAAUGAGAAUGGUGGAAUUAUUGAUGAUACUGUCAUUAGUAAACACGCUGAUCAUCUUUAUGUCGUAUCUAAUGCAGCCUGUGCAGAUAAAGAUUUAGCUCAUAUACGUACUAAAAUGGGUGAAUUUCAAAAAAAAGGUGGAUGGGUUGAUUUAAAAGUUAUUGACGAUCGUGCUCUGCUGGCUUUACAAGGUCCCCUAGCUGCUGAAAUUCUUCGAAAAUUGUGUGAUAAAGAUUUAUCAGAUUUUAAGUUUAUGACUUCCCGUUUUUUAAAUAUCAAAACCAUUGAAAGUCACGUAUCACGUUCUGGGUACACUGGUGAAGAUGGAUUUGAA